GCGCUCGGCCAGAGCACCCCCACCACCGCCUGCUUUGUGCUGUGCGGCGCGGCAUGCGUGGAGCUUCACGGGCGCCUGGGCCCGACCAUAGAGGACGGCAUACGGUCCGCGCUGCGGGGCGGUGGGGAGCAGCAGCAGCACCAGCACCAGCAGCAGCACGGGGUGGCCAAGAAGCCCAAAAAGGCGGCGGGUUCAACGGCAGGGGUGCGACGCGUGACGACGGGGGCGGCUGGGGGGUCCGCUCUGGGCUCAGCAGAACCGUCAUAA